CCGUAAGUGGACCGGUGCAUAUAACCGUCUGUCUUAGUAUAUAAGGUAGACGUUUUGAUGCAGACUUCACUUUCCGAUUCACACUCUCCUGGUAAACCUAUUCUGAUCCGUAGAAAAAUUCAAAUAAACCAUGAAGGUACUUGCUGUCAUCAUUGUCUGCCUUGUUGCCAUAACAAGAACGCACGGUUUUGGAAUUGGUUUCCCUCCUUUCGGUGGCAUCGGCAAUCCUCAUUUCGGCCUAGGGUUUCCCCACUUCGGCCUUAGAAUUCCCGGCUUUGGUCUUGGGAUGCACCCCUUCGGUCUUGGGAUUCCUCCUCUCGGAUAUGGAAUUUCCCCUUACGGACCUGGUGUUUCCCCUUACGGACUUGGUGUUUCCCCUCUUGGUCUCGGCUCAGGGCUCCCCAACCAAGGAUUAGUCCAUCCAGGGUUACAGGGCGCUGGUGCCAUUCAAUCCAAUGGUAAUGGUCCAGUGUAUGUUGAUCUCGACGCUAAUGCUGCUGCUGUCCCCUCUGCUGCUGCUCCCACGACUAUUGCCGCAACUGAUGUUGCUCCGGCAGGACCUGCUGUAUAUGACCCCACCUACAUGAUACUCUAAAUGAACAGAAACAGUGUCUUAGUUCGGGAUGAAACAAAAUCAGGGCUAUCCAUUCUGGUUCAGCCAGUUUUGCAUUGAUAGUGUUGGUGUCAGAUACUGUCAGUAUUGCUUCAAGCAGUUGUGUCUUCAAAGUUGACAUGUUUUGCAUCCUAAACAAAGAUGUUUGGGAUGUUAUCGCUUAUAUGUAUAACUGUAAAUAAAUAUACUUACAGUAUAUUUAUGUCUUGUAUGUUCAAUGAUUUCCAAUCCAUACAUGACCAGUACACUACACGGUAACACAUGUCUAUCAUGAUGAUUUCACUCGUAGAUAUAGAUAUAUAUCGGACUUAACAACUGACUUGCCUUUGCAUGUGUUUGUGACGGGUGCCACCAGUGGGGCAGGAAACGCUCACCUUUUCGCGAACACCUGGUAUCAUUACUAUUUGAUAGUGAUUCAUAAACAUAUCCUUAUGAUAUAGUUUGCAUCGUACUGUCGACUCUGCUUUAUGCAGAGAUUUCUAUUGGGUAUGGAAAGAGUUUUGUCACUUCAUUUUUUCACUUUGGUGAAACCCACGAGCACGGAGGUGGUGCAGACAAUUCAGAAAGAAAAUUGGAGUAAGAGAUCAUGAUUGAAUAUAUAACAUAAUGUAAUUAUAUUAAAGAAGUUGCUUAACUUUCAUUUUAAUCCCAAUGUUUAUAUUUAUUCCUCUUGCAUGUAAUUUGAUUCUUGUUCGCA